AUGCCCAGUGAGUACUUUUCAUUGCAACGUCACGGUGUUUGCGAAGACUUGGGAAUUAACUGCUAUCAUUCAAGUUCUGAUACUGGCCUUCUCGAGCAGAUUCUCGAGGUCCUCCAGAACCCCACAAUUGCCAAGGAAAGAGCAAAGGAUGCCCUUUCUAAAUUUUGGGCAACAUACAAAACUGUGUCUGACGAGUACGACGACGACAUGUUAGAGAGGUGUAAUGGAAAUAUGGAUAUAGUCCUUAUCUUCGCUGGUCUAUUCGCCACUGUCAAUACCGCGUUCAUCAUUGCAAUGCAGCCAAAUCCUAGUGACACCACCAAUGUUCUGUUGGUGCAACUUAUGCAGGACAUAUCGAAUGGUCGUUCUGCUACCCAGCCAAUCAUCCUUCCCUCAUCUGCAAGUCUCUCUUCUUCCAAAUUAUGGAUGCAGGCGCUUGCGUAUGCGAGCCUUGCAUUUAGUCUUCUCGCUGCUUAUGGUGCUGUCAUGGGCAAGCAAUGG